AUGUCAAGAGUUUUGUCAGUCGUUUGUGUCUUCCUUGCUCUGACUGUCGUCCAUGCACGUGCUCGUCAAGUGCCGGGUGAGUUUGAUGAGGGCAAGACGACGACACAUGACGAUACAACCACAACGCUCUUGCAUGCAAGUGCCGCUGAUCAGACAACACCAAAAAGCCUGGGUGACAAAAAAUGCAUCGGAGGCGUAGCAGGAGUCGGCGGAUUCGCGGGAGUUGGUGGUUACGCCGGCGUGGGAGGUCUAGGUAUUCCACUCAUUGGAGGUCUUGGCGGUAUUGGUAAAUACGGUGGCAUAGGCGGUGCAGCUGGAAUCGGUGGUUUUCAUGGCAUAGGCGGUGUAGGAGGCGGUCUAGGCGGCCUUGGUGGAGUCGGUGGUGGGAUCGGUAAAGCAGGAGGUAUCGGUGGUGUUGGCGGUCUAGGCGGAGCUGGGGGUGGUUUAGGUGGAGUUGGUGGUGGAAUUGGUAAAGCUGGUGGUAUUGGCGGUGUUGGCGGUCUAGGCGGAACCGGGGGUGGUAUAGGUGGAGUCGGUGGUGGUGGUAUCGGUAAGGGAGGCGGUAUUGGUGGUGUUGGUGGCAUCGGCGGUGGACACGGUGUCGUUGGUGGCGUUGGCGGUGGGAUACUUCCACAUCCUUGA